AUGGCCCAAGACGACCGCGAGGAGCUCUUCCUGAAACCCGACUCUCCUCAGGCCAACCCCUCUGAAACGCCUCAGCCCCUGCGCAUCAACAAGCAGCCGUCGCCGCAAUCCUCCAAGCCAGAGCCCAAAGAGCAAUGGGCCCAGUACCGAGUCCCUCCCAGUAGCAGCGCUGCAUACGGCGCCCCCACCUCACCCCCACCCACCGGCCCGCUGCCAUAUCCAGACGACAGAGCACGAAGACAGCCAACGCCGGGAGCAGUACCAGGCGCGAAGGCCCCGAGUCGCACAGGCACACCGCAAGAGCUGGCAGAAGAGGGGAGGGCCACGGGGCCCCCUCAAGUCAGGACGGGAAGCAUGUCUUCUGAAGGGAGUGGACACAGUGGAAGGCCUCGGUUUGCGCCGAACGAUCCGAAUAGACCAACAGCAGGUGGCUAUGGCGGGUCGCCUACGUUAGGCCACUCGUCGAGGCUGGCAGAGAGGAGAGGCACCCCGGCCAAGAACAUCAUUCCCCCAGAUUCACCAGGCGGGCCUGAGCCACCCCACAAGAGCGACGACGAUGAAGGCUUGUUUCAGGUGAAACCGCAGCGGAAGCCGAGUAAUCAGACUGAAGAUUAUCAGCAACAGUUCUAUCCACCUCCGCUAGGUGCAGCACCACCAGCGAGCACAAGUGCGGCAGCCGUGUUGGCGCAGAACAGAAUGCAUGUACCAGAUCCGGCAGGAGUGAAUAGAUUGAGCAGUACUGCAUCCACAUCCACCACGAGAGCGUCCAGAGGUUCACCGCCUCCACCUGAGACACCGAUCGAUCAGCCGCCAAGCGGGUUGACAGGGAUUGAAGCAAGAUACGCGGCGUCUGGAAUACCAGGGCAGAACACACUCAAUGAGAUGCAAGCGCAGAGUGCAGCUGCUGCGGCAAGAAGAGCUCAUUAUGCCGCUCCCCAGCCAACGAGAGCGGCGGACGCACAACCUCAACAGCAGCAGAGUGGGAGAUGGAGUCCUACUGAGCAGCCUGGAUCAGCGCCUCACGGGCCGCCGAUCACGUUCCAAGGCACUGAAGAGGUGGCGUCCAGAGGCUCUGAUGUACCCUCACAAACACGAGAUCGUCAGCCCAGCUACCCACGCCCUCCACAACCAUCGACGAGUCCAAACAUCGAAGCUGGGGUGAACAGCAUGAGUUUGAAUGACGAGCCGCCCCCUGCGUAUUCGCCGCCUGCUGCUGGUUCUUCGCACUCGCAGUAUCCCAACGAAAAGGGCAGGUUCGCGAAUAACGCCAGCCCAAACGCCGCACCUGGCGCAGAUCAGGGACGAAGGCCGACGGAUCCAAACGUUCGAGCACAUCCUGCAUUCGCCAAUGACACUCAGCGUCAAAACGGUGCCUCGCCUCAGCCAUCGCAGCAGAACGGUGCCUCACCAGCUGCUCAUGGACUCACACCGGUCAACGUCGCGCAAGCGAAUCAAGCAGCGGCACAACAGCCCGGCCAACCGGGUCCAUCUGGCCCUGCAAGUCCGCCUCCUCUUCCAGAAGGAUGGAUUGCUCAUCUUGACAACAAUUCUGGGCAGUACUACUACAUCCACCUUCCAACACAAUCAACGCAAUGGGAGUUCCCGAAAGGACCAACUCCACUGAACCUCCAGGAGCCCACAAGUCCAGUCCCGACAGUGGCAAGUCCUGUCGGUUCAGUCUUCAAGCAGCCUCUUGCAUCGCCUGGCUUCCCAGUGCAGCAGAUGGCAAGCUACGAUCGACAGAGCAUGAUGUCCAUGAACUCCAUGGCAAGUCCCGCAGCGACAGGAUUCACAGGUCCACCUCCAAGUGCUGGUGUGGACAUGUACAAGAUUCAGCCGUCGAAUGCGGUCUACUUUGGACCUUACCUUCGCUACACGAACAUGGAUCUUGAACGAGGUCUCUGGCUUGGGAGCAUUCUGCUGAUAUGCGAUGCGGCAACUCAGCCACCUACGAUCCACAUCCAUCAGUCACUGGACCUAAGCCCGAAUCCUCGACAAUUGAAAGCACAUCCCAUCCACUCACAUCAAAGAUGGAUCUUCUACAGGUACGAUGUGGAUCUGCGAAUGGAAGACAGUGGAGCUGCCAAAUGGACCUACGCCAUCACCUCACACCUCGGCUGCACUCGUUACGAGUUCCUUGUCGCUGGAAAGAAUGAGAGCAGCUGGCGCUUCAUUGCCCACUCUGGCAACGACUUCGCCAUCAAUGUGUCGGCAAAUGACAGAUCGAAACUUGGUGGCAUGCCUCUGAUGUGGAAGGAUGUCCUACUGAAACACCAAGAAUGCGGUGGCUUCCAUGCCCAAGUUGGCUUGGGCGGUCAAAUCUAUGCUGAUCGCCUGUGGAAGGACAUCCCAGCAUUGAAGCAGUGGACGCAGAUCAGCGGUAAGGAGAAUCGCAAGACUGCCCAAUGGACUGCAAAGAUGGAAGAGGAUGUCACGCACGCUUACUUCCACUAUUACACCUCACACUUCGACCAGCCGGCAGUGAAGGAAGGGUUCGCACAGAUACCGCACGUCUGCUGCUUGGACGACCACGACAUCUUUGACGGCUAUGGCUCGUAUCCCGAAUACAUGCAAGAAAGUCAUGUCUUCAAGAAUCUUGGUCGGAUAGGUAUCGAGAUGUACCUACUCUUCCAGCAUCACACCACGCACGAGAUCUUGCGAAAUGUCUCGAACGAUAUCGACCUCUUCACCAUAACGGGCAAGGGAUGGCAUUUCAUCAAGUACCUUGGACCGAAUGUGGUGAUUGUAGGCCCAGACACCAGAAGCGAGCGAGGUGAACGACAAGUCAUGGCAGGACCGACCUACCAAGGAAUUUUCCCCAAGGUCGCCACAUUGCCGCCAAGUGUGCAGCACUGUAUCUGGCUGCUUCCCGUACCGAUCAUCUACCCGCGUCUGGAAGCUGUCGAGCAGGUAGCGAAUACAGUGGCAACUGGUAAGAAGGCGGUGACUGGAGGUUUCAACAUGCUAGGUAAGGUGGCGGGUGGCGUUGCAGGAAUAGUCGGAGCAAAGGGAGCAGUAAACUCUGGCUUUGACGGUAUCAAGAAGGCAGUUGGCAAGUCAGGGCUCAUGCAAGGCGUUCUAAGUCCUUUCGGCGACAUCGACAUGCUCGACGAGCUACGAGACCUCUGGACUCACGACUCCAAGGACCUCGAACGCACCUACAUAAUCCGCACGCUCCAAGGCAUCUCCCACAACAAAUCCCUGCGCAUGACCUUCCUCUCCGGCAGCGUCAACGUCUGCGGCGCCGGCCUCGUGCACGACCCCUCGAAACCCUCCGACCACAAAACCAUGUACCAACUCAUCACCUCCUCCAUCGUCAACGCCCCCUCGCCCUCCUACGUCAUCCGCAUGCUGCACAACAACAAGCAACUCUACAUCCCCGCCAACGGGCACCGCUCCGCGAUCGGCACCCCCUCGGACACCAAGGAGGAUAUGAUGGAGAUUUUUGCUGCGGAUGUCGAUGGGCGGCCGAGGGAGUUGAGGCGCUUGAUGGGGAGGAGGAAUUAUUUGGCUUGUGUGGCUUAUGAUCCGGAGGUUGUGCAGGGGGCUUUUGGCGGGAGUGGAAGUGCGGGGGGUGCGGGGGGUGGUGCGGGAGGGAGGUUGAGUCUGGCGGCGGAUUUUAUGGUGCAGGGCGAGGGGGCUUUUGGGCAGCCGAUGAAGUAUGGGCCGGUGAUUAUUCCGAGUUUGGAGUAUGGACGGUGA